AUGUUGCGGCGGCCGGAUCCUCGCCUUUUAACUGCAGCUAACUCGGGUCGGGAAAAUGCGACAGCGACUGCCCACUCGAGGUCGUCAUGGCGACAGCCAGUGAACGUGUUCCUCUCCUCAGGCAGGCCCCCGAGUGUAGAGGAGCUGCUUCGCGAGGCGCAGCUUAAUCUCCAGAGCCUGUUGCAAGAAGAAUAUGAGGAACAGUACUCGGAGGCCAGACUGCUGGGGCAGACCUUCCGCUCUGCUGAUGAGGCCCCUGAGCCCACCCCCAGCCCAAGGCCCCAGUCUGCCAGGCGUCUGGAGUUUGUAUUGAUGCCUACAAAACAACAGCUGAACGAGGAUGAGACUACCACGCAGGGUGUGAGGGCCCCUGAGGCUUCCCUGAGCCUGUCUACCACAGCCGACAAGCAAGUCACCUGGAAUAGCCCCUUCCCUCUGCCCAUCCUAGAGGAGAAGCGAUGGCUUCAGCCUUCCUCCACGCACUCUGACAUUGUGCCCAUCAACAUCUCUGGGCAGCAGUUUGAUAAAUAUGCAAGUUUGCGACACUCCUUGUUUAACACAGAGACAGCCGUGAACCCCAAGUCUACCCUGAGGCGGAGGAGGACCAUUAUUGGAUUCUCUAACUUUUCCCAGCGAGACCAAGGUCACAGCAACAGCCCCACAGGCAGGGUGGCUCAUUCUACCAGCUCAGACAUCAAGCCCAAUCAUUCUGUUCCAGAAGGUGUUCAUGGAAGAAGAGCUGCAAUUGGUCAGGAAGCUCGUUUCCCAAAUCUCACCUCAUCAGGACUGAGAAAUCUUUCUAGUGAUCUGGAAGAACCUCUCCAGGCACAUGCUGGCACCAAGCCUCCUGACAUGGAAAGCAUGGGAAUGGUGUAUAGCGUCCCCAGUUCUUGCAAUGGACCAACAGAAUCUACAUUCUCUGCUUCCUGGAAAGGAAAUGCUUUUACCUAUAUGACUCCAAGUGCCACCAGUCAGAGCAAUCAAGUCAAUGAAAAUGGAAAAAAUCCUUCCUCUGGGAAUUCAUGGGUCUCUGUGCACACACUGACACCUCUGGUUCCUAAGGAGGCUGCUACACUCUUUGUCACUCGUGAUAACCCAGCAGGAUGCAGUGGGUCAGCUGGCUACUCUGAGCACCCUAUGCAACAAAGGCAAGUAUCAGAGCAACACUUCAAGAUUGGCCUUCUGACUGGUGGUACCUCAAGGCUGGAGAAAGGCUCAGGUGGGGCCAUCAGGUUCCGGGAGCGGUCACUGUCCGUGCCCACAGACUCUGGCACCACAGAUGUGGAUUAUGAUGAGGAGCAGAAGUCCAGUGAAGCCUGUGCCCUGCCUUAUGCCAGUACAAGUUCUGAGGGCAGUAACAGUGUUGAAAACAUUGCCUCCCUUAGUUCCCAACAGGAGGCCCAGCAUAGAAGGCAGAGAUCCAAGAGUAUCUCACUCAAGAAGGCCAAAAAGAAGCCUUCCCCACCAACACGCAGUGUCUCACUGGUCAAAGAUGAGCCAGUCCUCUUGCCAGAAGGUGGGUCAGCACUACCCAAGGACCAGAGGCCCAGGAGCCUUUGCCUCUCCUUGGAACACCAAGGACGUCACUCAUCCCAAGGUCACCCAGCUGUGCCCACCUUCAAAGAUCCAGAAGGUACACAAUUCUCCCACCACUGGUAUCUUACUGACUGGAAGUCUGGUGAUACCUACCAGUCCUUGUCCAGCUCCAGCACUGCUACUGGCACCACAGUCAUUGAGCGCACCCAAGUUCAGGGCAGCUCAGAGUCUCUUGCCUCCCCUUCCACCUCCAGAGCUACUACUCCAUCCCAACUCUCCAUUGAAGUAGAGGCCAGGGAGGUACCCUCUCCAGGAAGGCCCACUGGGCUGAUGUCACCCUCUAGUGGAUACUCCAGUCAGUCGGAAACACCAACACCCACUGUCUCCAUGUCCUUGACCCUGGGCCACUUGCCCCCUCCAAGUGGCAGUGUCCGGGUACGUCCAGUGGUACCUGAGAGGAAGUCUUCACUACCUCCAACAUCACCAAUGGAGAAAAUUUCCAAGUCACGACUAUCAUUUGACCUACCAUUGACCUCUUCUACCUACUUGGAUCUGUCUGGGAUGAGUAUCUCCAUCCGAAGCAAAACCAAGGUGAGCCGGCAUCACUCAGACACAAAUUUUGGGGCUAAGUUGGUCCAGAAAACUAGCCCAAACCAGCCAAUCAUGCCCAUGGUUACUCAGUCUGAUCUACGUUCUGUUCGCCUGAGGUCAGUAAGCAAGUCUGAGCCAGAAGAUGACAUCGAGAGCCCUGAAUGUGCUGAGGAGUCGGGAGGAGAGGUCUUCACCUUGCCAGAGAGAAAAAUGAAACCUCCCAUAGCUGAGAAACCCCCAGUGGCCCGAAGGCCUCCAAGCUUGGUCCACAAGCCACCAUCUGUGCCCGAGGAGUACCCACUAACUUCACCUACUAUGGCUAUGACCCUUAAGAGCUCAAUUCAACACAUGAGGCCACUCCCUCCAGACAUUUACACAGUGGUGCGGAAACCAAAGUCCUCUAGCUUCCCUGAGGCCAAAAGCCCAGCAGAGUCAACAGCACCCUCAUCUCUUGUUUUCACACCUUUUGCCAGUUCCUCUGGUACUUUCUGCUCAGGAACACAGCAGCCUCCCCAAGGAAGUACAGAGGAUGAGGGUCCCAAGGUGAGAGCCCUGCCUGAAAGAAUUAGCCUCCAGAGCCAGGAACAGGCUGAGAAGAAGAAAGGCAAGAUUCCACCUCCUGUACCAAAAAAGCCCAGCGUGUUGUACCUGCCUCUCACCUCACCCACAGCUCAAAUGGAGGUGUACGUGACUGAACCAAGACUGACUGUAAGCCCAAUCAUCACCCUGGAGGAAGAUGCCAAGUGUCACCCCACCGGCGACCACCUGCAAUCACCUGGUACAAGGAUGAGUUCCACGCCACAGGCCAACGAUGAAAGGGAGGCAAGCCCUCUGGGGAGUACUAUGGAACCAAGCACUGAAGAAAAAAGUGUUAUCAGUGAUAAAACAGCUGAAUGGAUUGCAGAAGAUGAUGAUGACGUGUUUGUGACUUCACGCACAACCGAAGAUUUAUUUACUGUGAUACACAGGUCCAAAAGAAAGCUGCUUGGCUGGAAGGAGCCCGGUGAGGCCUUUGCUGGAGGUAGCAGACCAAGCUCCCACUCACCAAUAAGGAAUACAGCUGAUUCUCCAAUUAGUGAGUCGGCUACCUCUGCAGGGUCAAGCAGCAGUGCCAGCUUAGAUGCUGGCAGAAACGAUGAUUUCAAGGCCUUGCUACAGAAGAAGGGAAGUAAGGCAACUCCAAGGUCCCGUCCCUCAGCAGCCGAACUGCUGAAGACCACUAACCCACUGGCUCGGAGAAUUAUCGCACAGUUUUCAAAAGACUAUGACACCACCGAUAGCCCUAGUACCUAAGCCCUGGGUUAAGCAAGUAGGGUUUGGUUACUAAACUUGAGUAGAAAGGAGGGAAGAAAAAGGGUUUUAAAAAGAAACCAUGGAAAUAACAAAAGAGCCCACAUUUCUUCUACUUUAACUCACACUCUGGACAACAGGAGAGAAACCACUUUAUCUAGAACUAAAAUCAUCAGGCACUUUAAUCAUGCUCAAACAUUUUACAUUUUCAUACUUAAAAUCUUGCCAUUACUGACUACAGAUUUUCUCCUUAUUUUCUACCAGUGGUGUACACUAAGAAGAAAUUCUCAGAUGCAAGGGUACACAUGCCAUCUUUUCAAUGACUGGUUGCUCCAUCCCUGGCUCCUGACACUGAGGGGCACAGUAUGAGAGCAGGUUGGGAGCUGUCAAACCUGAGAACAUAGGGAGCCAUUGCUGAUUAUUCACUUUCCUGGCAAGGCCUUGAUAACUUGUGUGGAGAGACAGAAAGACUCUGAUGCCUCUUCAACCACAGUUUAACUCUCUCCCACUAGAGGUUUGCAGGUGUGCAUUUACUUGGGCAUGAGUUGAUUGGAUGGCUUUUGUGCAAAAUAUGAAUAUUACUCUGUCCUGAACUUCAUGCCUUUUUCAGUUUGAUUGUCUACAAGGUGAUCAGGGUGAUGAGUUUCAAUAACAUACAGACCCUUCACCCCAACCCUUAGCUAGAAAAGGUCAGGACCUGGUUACUUUGGAUGAACCAAGUUCAGCCAACAAACAAGGCAGCCAUUUGUCCACUCUGAUCUAUCAGAGGUAACUCGCAACCACGCCUUCAGAUCCUUCUAGUGUUUGUCAACAAUAAUAGCUAGGAUCUGUGCCCAGCUUAUGCUGCAUUCGAAGAAUUUUCAAUUCACUGGCAUAUAACAUUCAUUACACGAAGUAAUUAGCUGAACGAACAGUAUCAUCAAAGGCUCAAGAGAAAGUAAAUGUAACCUGCCCACCACCAUUCAGUUCAGAUUGUGAUUUGCAGUUGGUUUGUUUUGUUUAAAGAAAGUCUUACUAUGGUCCAGAACUGAGAAAAUAUAGACUAAGAGGAUAUAUCCAGAAUCUAAAAGGCAGCCUUGCAAGUUGCUGUUGCCCAUAACACAAUUUAGCCUACUUUUUGCCAUUUGGAUUCUGCUGUUUGACCAACUUUCAGUUAACCAUGUGGGGACAGAGGGUAAGAACUGGAUAAAUGGGAUGCUGAUGGAACCCCAGACAAUCAUUGUGACCCCCCCACCUCACCCCAAAGCUUAUAGGCACUGUUUGUCCUUGACAGUUCAGUUUUCUAAGCAAAGCCAAAGCAGUGAUUCAUUUGAUAUUCAUACAUCUGAUUUCUGGGAGGUUGAGGAAAAAACAGACAAAGCAUUGAACAAAGAAAAUUAGCUGACCAAUAAUGGAGAGGUAAUUGUCCACUGUCCAAAAAGGGGAAAAGAAGUCAAAUGAAAUAGUAGCCUGCUUCACAAAGAGGGUUCCCUGACUCCUUCCUCCUUCACCCCCCUCUACCUAACAGAUUCAUUGGUCAACCUCCUGGAGGAUGCAGAAACUAUCCCAGAGACAAGCAGAUCUUGAUUUUGAUAGGUCGUGUUGCUCACCAAUGAGAAGCAAGCUCUUAGAACAACUGCCCACACUCCAGGGGACAGAGCAGCUGAAAAACCACACUGAGUGCUGAGAAGACUUCAGCCCCUUACCCAGAAGCCCUGGGCCUAAGACCUUGGUUGGUACAGUUCUGAAUUCUAGACUUCUGAGUACAGACCAGACCCAUCCACUCCCUUGCAAUCAGGACUUCCCCCUGAUUUAGACCAAAGCCAUUUAAAAUAAUAAACAGCAAAAUCCCAGCUGCUUUGGAAAGUAUUCAAACUAUUUGAUUCAAAGGACCUGACCAAAUUUCAGGGGUUUUAUCUGAGAUAAAAUAGAUUCAUUCCUGGCCUUAAUUUAUAUGUGAAUACCACACUUGUCUGUCCCAGACUCAGAAUUCCAAAAGACGCAAAUAUCUUGCUCUGUAGGGACAUGAAGGAGAGUUUGUGCUUUUGCCUAACAAAGGUAAAGGGCAGCCAGGGCCUUCUUAGGAACCACUAUAAAUAGCUGAACUCUAAAACCAAGUAUGAGACUCACACUGUAUAGGACUUGUUACUUCUGCUGAUUUUUCUGGAAGCUUCUUGUUUGCUGCUUCUAGUGGGUUUUGCCUCUCCUCUCAUCUUGCUACCUCUGGUGAUUUCCCCAAAAGAUUCUAAGUUAAGUGCUUGGACACCUUUAUGUUUUUCAAUUACCUUGGGUCUUACUUUCUUCUACCAUACUCUGUAUACUUGGAUUUCUUAGAACAUCUUCUACGUCACCACUAUGGCCCUCAAAUGUCCAGUGGUGUUCCCAUUAGCACAAGAGGAUUUGGGACAGAGAUUGUAUGGUCAGAGGUAACAUUGAGGACUGGAAAUAUUCAUUUAAUGUUUUGCAACAAGUGGACCUAGUUCCAAACAAACAACCAAACUGUACUAUUUCUACCAAUCAUCGAUGAACAGAACAUUAAACAACUUUCCUACUCCUAACACUCAACCUCUCUCCUCCUCUUGAUUAUUGUAACACCAACUCUCUCUCCCACCCAGGCAGAAACCACAGUAUUUGCUGCCUUCCGCACCUACUCUGCUGAGACUGGAGAAGAGUGGCUGAAAGCCCCUCCAGAAAGGCUUUCAGGGAACCUACUACUGUCACUAUUACUAGUGUGAAUAAUAAUAAUUUUUGAAGGCAGAAUACAGAAGAGGCGCAAGUGAAAUGUAGUUGGCCCCAGGAGGUCAGCUUCCAAUUCAAGUUGUUUUUGUCCCUUUGUUUCCUCUGAUUCCAACCAAUAGCAGCAGGUGGCUCUGCCAGACUGAUUUCAGUCCAGUCAGGAGUGCAGGAAGUCAUCCCCAGGAGAGGUUGGUUGGUAACUAAGAGUGCUUUGCACUUGAUGGGUAUUCAUUACAUAUUUGUGAUACAGAUGUUGAGGAGAGAGAGCAAGUCAUUCUCAGCAUAACAGGAAGCUUUGCUGGUGUCUUCUCUCCUUUGCCUGCCUCAGUCUCUCUCCUGGGACUUCCACCUGGCCCCAACUUGUCCCUUAGUCACAACUCCUGUGAAGUGCUUCCUUAGCUGACAGCUCACCCUUUAAGGAGGCAAGAGCAAGGCAGCAAAUUAAUUCAUGUUAGCUUAAUGACCACAAAUCAACCAGUUGAUCUGGAGACAUCACCUUGAAUGUGCAAAGACAGAGGAGAUUCUACAAGCAUUUUACCAGACAUCCAUUGUAACUCUCUAGACAACACGGAUUGGAUUGCAAUCCUACUAUACCUAUCAGUCUGAGCAGAUCUGUCCAUGCACCUGCCCUCUUGGUCAUAAACAAACUAUUCCCUAAAAAAACUAGUUCAUGGCCAGUGCUCUUUUCCUCACCAGUGCAGCCUUUCAUUAUCACCAAGUCUGUAACACAGUGGUGAGCUUUCACUUUAAUAUUAUUUGCCAGGGCCAGGACUAGAGUGGGGUGAAUGAGGUGCCUGGGGUGCAGAAUUUAAGUAGGUGCCCACUCUCAGGGCUGUGCAAGUGUCUUACCCUCAUCCUGGUCCUGUGAUUUGCACUCCAUAAAGUAAUAUCAGUUUAUCUUCUUCCUAUGAACAAGCAUGGUUCUUCUGAUUUGGGGGGUAGCUCCCUACGUGUUGUUGCACCAGAUGUUUUUAUUGCUAUCUGUUUUUCCACUACUGUAAACCUUUGUAUGCUUAUAUAUAAAAUAGUCUUAAUUCUUAUAAGAAAACAUGGUUGCUUUCUAAGUAACCUGCUCCAAGUGGCAAGUUAGGACCCAUUUUAGUAAGGGAUGCCAACAGGAUAGCCCAUCAGCAAAAUGGUGAAUGAGUUGGAGGUCUGUCAUUGGGAUCCUUGGUCUCUUUCUGCUCCAUUAUCCUCAGACUUUGCUUCCCAGCACCAGCUCCUCUGAGUGCCUCCUAGUUUGUCCUCUUCCUAGUUAAGAAAAGCAUGCUCUCAGGAAAGGGAUAAAUUCCUUUACUUUGAGAUUAUAAGGCUUAAUGCUACCUCUUUUGAAGGUUGUUUAUAGUUUAACAGGGGAAAAGCCUUAUGCCAAAGGAAUGAAAUUCUACUGUAGAAUUUUAGGCAUCAACUAGUUGCAGAAGUGGGGGUUUUUAAGCAUCAAAAGGCCAAAUUCUCUGACAGCUAACUCCAGAAUACAGAAAAUACUUUAACCUCCUGGAAUUAUUUUAGUAAAUUCCUGGUGGUUGAGUCAAUCCUCCUAAUACUCAGUGCUGUGUAAUGUGGCUCCUACCAAGGGACUCUCAGAAAUCCUACCAAACGCCACUGAAAAGACCUAGAUAAUUCAUAUUGUACAUGAACAUGUUUUCACAAAUGAAAUUAAUACUAUUUCUCAUUUGAGUAAAAAAAAAAAAAAAAAGGAUUUAAAGAGUUUGUGAAGAUGUGUCCUGUUUGUGAAAGGUGAAACUGUCCAAUAUUGUCCGAUCAAUGUCAGUCAUCCAGUCAGUAUUAGUGAUGAUUAUUAAACUUAUUGGAGGUACAACUUGAAUGAAUGCAAGCCUCUUCUCCCUGCCAUCUAUGUUUUGUGCUAUCACUUCAGCUUGGUGUGAGAAUGAGACCAGAUCUAUCCCACAGCACUCAGUCCCUCCAAAGCCUUUGAGUCUAUUUCAGCUAUAAGUGAUUAGGGAUUUUAAAGGACAAGAGAGAGGGAAACAGGUACAAAGAGCUGCUUUUGUCAAAAGGCAGCAAAAAUUAUAAACAUUUAAACAAUGACAUUAAAUAAACAGUUUUAGAAUACUUGGAAACAGAAUUAUAGAGGAAUAUAGUAGUAAAUGGUUACAGACACACAUUUGAGACACUUUUAAUAUGUUUAGCAAAAAAGAAUUUGCAUAAGUAAUGGGUUGUCUGAAAUAGGUAUAUACUUUGUUCAGUAAAGCCCCAAAUUUAAACCAGUGGCUCUCAAAGCAUGGUCCAAGGACCACCACAAGCAGCAGCAGCAGGAGCAGCAGCCCUGGAAUGUGUGUGUGUGUGUGUGUGUGUGUGUGUGUGUGUGUGUGUGUGUGUGUGUACUUCUUCAAGCCCCUGAAUCACUAUAGCCAUGACUUUCCAAAUGAAUCCAACCUUCCCAUCAUUUCUGAUCAGUCUCUGGCUAAGUGAUCUAUAUUUUCAUGUUGGUCAGGUGUAUGUUGCUUGGUGUUAAGAAAUUAUCAGAUCGAAUCAACUACUUGCUCAACCUGCAAAAUCUUUGAUUUAACUUAGUCAGCAUAUCUGGCCUGUUUUUAUUUAAACCUUUUGUAAUUCACAAAUAGGAAAAAGGAAAAGAUGUUAUGUUUGUUUGGUAUUUCCAAUCCUUAAAUACCUGUCUUCACCAUGGCGGUUUUUCUCUAGAAGGGCUCUGGAAGUAGUAUUUUUGAUUUUAAGAUUUUGCCUAAAUAGCAGAAUUUGGUAUCAGCAAAUCCUCAAACAAAAUACCAGCUGGAACAACCAGUUAACCCCUUUCAGCCUCUCUUUAAUGCCAAACUUUAUAGAAAUUUAUUCCUUAGAUGGUGUUGACCUUUUUUAAUGUCCAAUUUUAUAAAAUGUUAUGCAUGCACACACAGCAUCGUGCUCAUUGUACAAGUCACCCCAAACUCAUUUUCUCCUCCAUAUGUAUGAUGGUGAAGAAUUAUCAAUAUGUAUGUUCUUAUUUCUCCUGAUCAAUUUUAAGUUGCAAAUCUUUUCAUUAAUUUUUAAAUGAGAUAUAUUUACUCUGGCUAGUAGUUAAAAUGUUAUUCUUUUUAUUAUAUUUCAUUGCUACUUUUCUACUGACUCCAAAAGGUACUUUGGGGAAUAUUUCUUAUUUCUAGACUGUUGUAUUUAUCUUAUUUCUAUAUUUAUCUGUAGUCACGGAAUAUUAGAGCUGAAAGGAACCAACUUCUCAUUUUACAGAUGAAGAACCGAGGCCCAGAAAAGUUAGAUAACUUACACAAGGUCACACGAUGGCAAGGCCUGGCCUCAGUCUCGGGCCUCCUGCCUCUGGGUCCAAUGUUUUCUCACUUAAAGUACAACAUUUAUAGAAGACCCACAGCUGGCUUCUACUUUUAUGACACAUGAAUUUCCCAGAUAUUUCAGUAAAAUAAUAUACAUGCUUUAAUGAAAAAUGGUCAAGUUCUUUAGUUCAUGAAUCCAAAGACAAAUCUGAUUUUCAAUUUAGAAAUAGUCAUUUCCUUCCAAAUUCAGUAUAUGUGCUCUACUUUGUACGACGGACGUUUUCCUUAAAAGUCAUUUGAAAAAUGAUUUUUUUUGGAUAAAAUUCCAUAUUUUAGGAGAGAAGCUUCCUAUGUAAGGGAAUCUUUUGGUGAUUUCUUUUGAAAAACGAAGAAUCUUCUUGUCAAUGUCUCCUAAAAGCCUCUACUUUUUUUUAAUGUGAACUUUUGUAACUAGUGUUUACUUAAAGUAGGGAAAGCCAAUAUAGGCUUUCCUAGAAUCUACUUUAUCCUUCCCUUCUUAAAUUUUAUGAGAUUUUCAGACUGUUAGAUGCUCAUGAGAUACUUAAUUGUGUUUUAGAAACUUUACCUAACUUGAUAUUUUGUCAAUCCCUGGGCUCAAACUCUGUCUCCAUCUUACCAAACAAUAACAGAAUUCCCUAAUCAA